UGCUGACCGCGACGUACGACGCGUCCAGCACAUCAACCUCAUAUUGUAACCCUCCAUCGCUCACCGGUCAAAUGUCGGAAGCACUUCGCCGCUCUACGAUGCAACCUGCCACUGAUAUAUAUGGUAACGCUCGGUCAGGCCUACCAAUGCCAUCAACAGCAAAGAAAGCAUCAUCGUCUGCUAUGCGCAUGUCGCUCGCUGGCCCAGCAGCCCGCACACCCUAUUUGCCCUCGGGAGCGGGGUCCGGCUCAAAUACAGGGCAUUCCGGUUAUCGGUCGCAGACUGCGAAUCCACUGCUACAGAGUACGAGUAAACCAAAUUAUGGGCGUACCCCUUUAACCAACUCCUCUAGGAGGGGCUCAGUAUGGACGGGAGGCGCGUCUAUUGCUCCUCCUUCCGGCAGUCAAACAUUCAAGGACCCGCGACCGAUUCGCGACCGCCCGUAUCAAUCAAAAAUGAAGCAAGAAAUAUGCUCUUGGCUGCAAGCGACAGAAUUUGAUAUCUCUAUGCAAGCAUUCUCGAAUAUUACUGGCAAAGAUUACCGAGCCAUGUUUCAACAUCUUGUGGCUAUCGUGGAUCAGGGAUACCCGUUUGACCCUCGCCUUCGCUUUGAGGACGAAUUUCAACCCGCUCUUAAAGCCCUGCGAUAUCCGUUUGCUGCCCAAAUUGACAACAAAUGGUUAGCUGCUCCCGCCAGCCCGCACUCAUGGCCUGCUCUGCUGGCAGCUUUACAUUGGCUCGUUGAGAUGGGAAAGGCCCGGCUGAAUUACUUGGAGAGCGAGGAUGAUCCUACAUUACAAAUUGUCGAUAGAAUCCCCGAAGAGUUCAGCGACCCUAUUCAUCAUCAGGCGCUUGCAUUCGAAUACUUUUCAGAGGCAUAUGUCGCUUUUUUUCACGGCGCAGAUGUAUUCCACGAACAGGACAAAGCACUAGAAGCUAGCUAUGCGAAGAAGAACGAGAGGGUGGUCGGCGACUUAGAGGGCAAGAAAGCAUUACUAGCACAAGGAUUAAAGGAGUUGGACGAACUUCAGUCAUCCAAGGCGCCUCUGGAAAAACUCCAGAAAAUUCGGGCUUGCAUCUUGGAUGAUCGAGCCAAAUUUGACGACGUUUUGCACCGCUUGGAGUCACGAAAGAGGCAGCUCACCGAAUCUGUAGUUCGCGAAAAGGCAGAGCUCGCUGCUCGAUCUCAGAACCUGGAUCAACUCAAAGCCGAGCAUGAAAAGCUUACCGAGGUGGUCAAAGUUCAGAACUUGACACCAGAAGAAGUCAUUCGCAUGAACACGGACCAUGAAACGCUCGCUCGCAAUCUGGAGGACCUCAAAUAUAAGAUUUCCGAAGCGCACAAGACAGUGAUGUCUCUGGAAGUCAUAACAACUAAUCGUGGAGCUGCGGCAGAAGAGGCACUAGAUCUCUAUGGCAAUUUACUAUCAGCCUUGGGUUUAUUUCCCCCACUCCCGCCGCCGUUCGACAACAUCGACCUCAGGUUGGAGCUAAACACGGCCACUGCGAAUCCUCAGCAGCUACUGCUGGGUUCCGACAUUCGCAAGGUCAUAAAACCUACACUAAGCAGUGUAGCCGAGAUUAAAAGAACAGAACGAGCAGAUAUUGAAAGCGAGCGCAUCAAGGUGGAUAACGAGCUUGAUCAUUUGACUUUAGAUUGCGAGAAUGUCGAUGAGGAGGUGCGAGAAAUUGAGAAGAAGGUGAUGAGCCUGAACGAGCAGGCGGAUGACCUUCGAGAUGCUGCGCAACAAGAGUCUAUGGUAAGCAAUGCCGAAGCUGCCCGAUUGGAAAGAGAACUUGCGCAUGCGCGCACGGCCGCUUUAUCGAGUGGAAUGGGAGUAAAAUCAAGACUCCAGGCAUUGCAAUUCGACUAUCGAGAGCAAAUAGCGAAGGUCUCACGAUUGAAAGAUGAGACUAUCAGAGCUAUUGCCAAGAACAGCAAUGAGAUCGGUCUCUUUAAAGAAGAAGUUUCUGCGCAACUGCGGCGCCUCAGAGAUUUUGUAGAGGAAGGGAACUGAUGAGUACACCUGUUAGGUGGCCGCAAUAUACAUGAGGAAUUUGUUUAUAAUAUAUGUAUACCCUGAUUAUAUGUUACGCUGCUACUUUCCAUAGGCGAAAUAAUGCAACGAGUCCA